CACCUCCAGUCCAGACCGCCACGCCACGCAGCGCCCUUUCGGCCGGCGCCGUCCACUGCAACACCACCAACAAACUUCGCCCAGGCCCCAGGUAGCAAGCUCAAAUGGAUAAUAGUUUCGAGAAAAAUAACAUGCUGAAAGAAUUCUACAUUCCGACCUAUAUUUUCAUGCCAGAGUCCUCAGUGGAGCAAGUUCCUCAAAUACCCAGCUGUCCAGUGAUUGUUUUUAUUAACACAAAAAGUGGUGGGCAACUGGGACAUGAUUUAAUUGUCUCGUAUCGUAAGCUUCUCAAUCAUGCUCAGGUAUUUGAUCUACUUGACGAAGCUCCAGACAAAGUCUUGCACAGACUCUAUAGCAACUUGGAAAGACUCAAGCGUGAUGGAGAUACUUUUGCUGCUGAAAUCCAUAGAAGAUUGAGGCUAAUAGUUGCUGGAGGUGAUGGAACAGCAGGUUGGUUGCUUGGAGUUGUAUCUGAUCUCAAGCUAGUUCAUCCACCUCCCGUUGCUACAGUUCCCCUAGGAACUGGAAAUAACCUGCCAUAUUCAUUUGGAUGGGGUAAGAGAAAUCCUGGCACGGAUUGCGAGUCUGUCAUAUCGUUCCUACAGUUAGUAAAAGAAGCAAGAGAGAUAAACAUUGAUAGCUGGCAUACUGUCAUGAGAAUGAAAUGCCCAAAACGUUCUCCUUGCGAUCCAAUUGCUCCUUCUGAUUUGCCACAUUCUCUGCAUGCAUUUCACCGUGUGCCAAAGACAGAUCCACAAGAUAUGGAAUAUUCUUACACAUAUCGUGGGGGGUUUUGGAAUUAUUUCAGUAUGGGAAUGGAUGCCCAAGUGUCUUAUGCAUUUCAUUCUGAGAGGAAAUUGCAUCCAGAGAAAUUCAAGAACCAGUUGUCUAAUCAGAAAACAUAUUUAAAACUGGCAUGCACACAAGGAUGGUUCUGUGCCAAGUUAAGUCAUCCUAUGUCAAGGAAUAUUGCUCAACUCGCAAAAGUAAAGAUAAUGAAGAAAUCUGGAAAAUGGGAAAACUUGGAAAUUCCACAGAGUAUCCGGUCCAUUGUUUGUCUGAAUUUACCCAGCUUCUCUGGUGGACUGAAUCCCUGGGGAACACCAAGUAAGAGGAAGCAAAGAAAAAGAGAUUUGGUAAUGCCUCCACUUGUGGAUGAUGGACUUCUGGAGAUCGUGGGUUUCAAAGAUGCUUGGCAUGGUCUUGUGUUGUUAUCUCCAAAAGGUCAUGGCACUCGUCUCGGUCAGGCCCAUGGUGUUCGAUUCAAAUUUCACCGGGGUGCAGCUGAACAUGCUUACAUGAGACUUGAUGGGGAGCCCUGGAAGCAACCUCUUCCACAGGAUAACGGCAAGGUCGUGGUGGAGAUAUCCCAUGCCGGACAGGUCAAGAUGCUUGCCACCAAAGACUGUAUAGCUAAAGGCAUCCACGAGUCCCCGGCUAUGUCAGCAGCCCAUACAGAUUCAAGCUCCAGUGAUGACUCAGACGAUGACUUCACAGAGGAGCGGAGAAACUUCGGUGCUGCCUUGUCGUUCCGCUACCUGAGUGAUGUGAAAAAAACAGUAGAACUUGCAUCCUAGAAUGGGCCUUGUACAGUUUGUCUUGUAGAAGAUAGAUUGUUGCACAAAUUUUGUGGAACAGUGGACGUUGCCCUGUAAAAUCCGUUUGCUGGCAAAGUUGUUUGUGUAUGAA